AUGGUCUUCAACACCGAACUCACGCGCCGGCUAGGCAUCAAAGUCCCGGUCGUCCAGGGUGGCAUGCAAUGGGUCGGGUACGCAGAGUUGGCAUCUGCUGUAUCGAAUGCAGGCGGUCUAGGAAUCCUCACAGCCCUCACUCAACCUACUCCAGAAGACCUUCGCAAGGAGAUCCGAAAGACGAGGAACAUGACGAAGAACCCUUUCGGCGUCAAUAUCACCCUCCUACCCACGAUGAAUGCCCCACCCUACGCUGAAUAUGCCCAAGUAUGCAUUGACGAGGGUAUUAAGAUUGUGGAAACGGCAGGGAACUCGCCCGGACCUGUAAUCAAACAGUUAAAGGCGGCCAACAUCAUCAUCUUGCACAAAUGCACAACCAUCAGACAUUCCCAAUCCGCUGCGAAGUUGGGCGUCGACUUCCUCUCAAUCGAUGGCUUUGAGUGCGCCGGCCAUGUCGGCGAAUCAGACAUCACCAAUUUCAUCCUGCUGUCAAGAGCGAGACAGUCGCUAGGGGUGCCUUUUAUCGCCUCGGGUGGUUUUGCGGACGGUCAGGGCCUAGCAGCGGCCCUAGCUCUCGGAGCUGAAGGGAUCAACAUGGGCACUCGAUUCAUGUGCACCAUCGAGGCCCCUAUCCACAACAACAUCAAGCAAGCAAUCGUCGAUGCCUCAGAACAUGACACUGAGCUCGUCCUGCGAAGGUGGAAAAAUACCUCGAGAUUGUUCAAGAACAAAGUCGCACAGGAGGCCGUAGCUAUUGAGAAGAGCAGCACAAGUGGUAAGUUCGAAGAGGUCGCGCCUUAUGUCUCAGGAAAGCGUGGCCGCGAAGUCUUCCUGAACGGAGACAAGGACUACGGCGUCUGGACAGCCGGCCAAGUGAUUGGUUUGAUCCAUGACAUUCCCUCGUGUCAGGAACUUCUGUCGAGGAUUGAGAAGGAGGCUGUGGAAGCUAUCGAGCGGAGUCGCAAGUUCUAUCAACCUCAGAGCAAGCUGUAG